AUGGCUGUAAUGAGAACUCUGAGUGUGGACGCUGAGCUGUACCCUGGCUCUGCUUUCGAUCCUGGCUUCAGUGAGGACUCUGAGCCCGAUUCUGAUCCCGGCUGUAGCGUGGACGUGGAGCUGUACCCAGUCUCCGUUUCUAAUCCCAGCCGUAAAGUGGACUCUGAGGUGUACCUGAUCUCCGCUUCUGACCCCGAUUGCAAUGUGGACUCUGAGGUGUACUUCGGCUCCACUUCCGAUUCUGCCUGUACUGAAGACUCUGAGCCCGAUUCAGACUCCGGCUGUAAUGAGGACUCUGAGGUGUAUUUCGGGUCCACUUUCGAUCCUUCCGAUACUGAAGAUUCUGAGUCAGAUUCUGAUCCCGGCUGUAAUGAGGACUUUGAGGUGUACUUCGGCUGCACUUCCGAUCCUGCCGAUAGUGAAGACUCUGAGUCAGAUUCAGACCCCGGCUGUAAUGAGGAGUCUGAGGUGUACUCCGACUCCACUUUCGAUCCUUCCGAUACUGAAAACCCUGAGUCAGAUUCUGAUCCCGGCUGUAAUGAGGACUCCGAGGUGUACUUCGGCUCCAUUUCCGAUCCUGCCCAUAGUGAUGACUCUGAGCCCGAUUCUGACCCCGGCUGUAAUGAGGAGUCUGAGGUGUACUUCGUCUCCGCUUCUGAUCCUGCAGGUGCCGAAUUUGGCUCUGGUUUGGCCACACACUCUGACUCUGGUUCGGCCACACACUCUGACUCUGGCUCUGACUCCGCCUCAUCUUCGAGCUCAGACACAGCUACAAACUCCGACUCCGUCCCGUGCGCUGUCUCCCACUGUGCUUCCGACUCUGCCUCAGACUCCAGGUCUUGGUCAUCCACAUCGUCUGACUCGGCCUCAGGCUCCAGCUCAUGGUCAGCCACAUCCACGACCUCUAGCUCUGGCUCAGCCACGACCUCUAGCUCUGGCGCAGUCACGGCCUCUAGCUCUGGCUCAGCCACGACCUCUAGCUCUGGCUCAGUCACGGCCUCUAGCUCUGGCUCAGUCACGGCCUCUAGCUCUGGCUCGGCCGCGGAGAAUGCCACCGGCCGCCACCCUGCACCCCACUCUGGCCCCAAAGCCGGCUUCGUCAUGGGAUGCAACCGCGGCACCGUGGAAGCGAUGGCCCACCCCAGCCGGCCGCGGCUCACACUGAAUCUGGGCCAGGGGGACUUGCGCCAGCGCCUGCUUGGCUUUGGCGGCGCCUUCACGGACGCGGCGGCGGGCGUCAACAUCAACAGCCUGCCGGAGGACGUGCAGGCGCAGCUGCUGCACUCUACUUCGCGCCGAUGGCCUGCGCUACGAUAG